AUGGUCCAGAAGCUCCAGGGCCAGCUAGACGAGCUGCUGCGGCUCGUGGAGGAUGUGCCCUUCUGGACCAACACCCAUGUGUCUCUGGAGGAGCUGGCCCGCACCACAGAGGCCUUGGACUUCUACAGAUGGCUGGGCUAUCUGAGUUUGCUGCUCUUUGAUGUUCUCAUCUGUCUGCUGGUACUGUUCGGACUCAUCCGCAACUCCAGAGGAACGCUUAUUGGCGUGUGCCUCCUGGGCGUACUGACCCUGGUCAUAAGCUGGGGGACUCUGGGUCUGGAGCUGGCUGCAGCUGCUUCGGUGCUGCUCCUGGGAGCCACUGCUCUCCUGUGCCUGGCCCUGGACCUGCUCUUCCUGCUCUUCUACUCCUUCUGGCUGUGCUGUCGCCGUAGGAAGAGCCAUGACUCGGCCCACUCCCACGGAGGCUCCCAGCCCAGUGCUGACUGCUGCUGCACAGCCUGGUGCGUCAUCAUUGCCACGCUGGUGUGCAGUGCUGGCAUUGCUGUGGGUUUCUAUGGCAAUGGUGAAUCCAGCGACGGAGCCACACGAUUGGCUUACUCACUCCGCCACGCCAACCGCACAGUGUCUGGGAUCAACAAGCUGGUGACAGACAAUGGGCUAGCUCUGAAUCAGACAGUGGGAGAGAGCCUUGAGCAGCUGAGCGUUGCGUUCCAGGAGCAGCCUGAGCAUGUGUCCAUGGUCCAGAAGCUCCAGGGCCAGCUAGACGAGCUGCUGCGGCUCGUGGAGGAUGUGCCCUUCUGGACCAACACCCAUGUGUCUCUGGAGGAGCUGGCCCGCACCACAGAGGCCUUGGACUUCUACAGAUGGCUGGGCUAUCUGAGUUUGCUGCUCUUUGAUGUUCUCAUCUGUCUGCUGGUACUGUUCGGACUCAUCCGCAACUCCAGAGGAACGCUUAUUGGGGUUAUCCCUCAGGCGUGGGCCAUACGGGAGCGUGGCAAUGAUGACGCACCAGGCUGUGCAGCAGCAGUCAGCACUGGGCUGGGAGCCUCCGUGGGAGUGGGCCGAGUCAUGGCUCUUCCUACGGCGACAGCACAGCCAGAAGGAGUAGAAGAGCAGGAAGAGCAGGUCCAGGGCCAGGCACAGGAGAGCAGUGGCUCCCAGGAGCAGCACCGACUGUGGAGGACAGGACGGUGA